UGUUCUGUGCCACGAUACACCAGCCUGCAACAGCCAGACGAACUGAAAAUCCAAACUUGAACUUUUUGUAUUUUUGCACAGGCAAUCCAAAGUACUGAUAUUCUUCUAUAGGCUGGCACAUAUAGUCGUAUAGGACGUUCCAGUCUAGCUACAUCUGUGUCUCCUUGUCCCUGGCUUCUGCACCAAUGGCAAGUUGCAGCUGCAAAACUGAACUUCGGUGUGCUUUUUUUUUUUUACUAACUGGCGCUCGUGAUCGAGAAAUACAAGGCUGAGAGAUUACCGCUUACGCAUUAUGGUACAAAAGGCUUAUCAUUUUGGAGAUUUUCCAGGGCGAGCAAUCCAAAGAUAUUGCCAUUAUGCCAUGCAUACAAAUAUUGUUGUACACUGUAUUUUGUGCGGUUUAUUGAGUCAUCCAUUAGGCAAUCUUUUGAUUUCAGGUGCUUGUCUACAUAUACUCGUACAUUAGCACCUCCUUACGAAGGCCAGGGGCGUCAUAUUGGUUGAGAGGUGGAGUCUGAUCAAGUGCAAGGAGCGCCAUCCGUUUAGGGACUCCCAACCAAUGGCCAGCCACAGUGGGGCGUUCUCGCUUGUUGCCCUGUGCUUGCUGCUCGAGGUCGUUCUGCGAGGCGCAGCAGAGACCCUCGUGCCGGCGGUGUUUGUGUUCGGGGACUCCAUGGUGGACAUCGGCAACAACAACUUCAUUGAGAAGUGCGACAUCGGCUGCAAAGCCAACUACCCACCCUUCGGCAUCGACUACCUCAACCACACACCAACUGGCCGGUUUAGCAAUGGCUACAACUUGGCGGACCAGCUAGCUCAACUGCUUCACUUUGACGAGAGCCCGCCUCCUUUCCUCUCCCUAUCGAACGCGAGCGUCAGGACCCGGAUGAGCAUGGGCGUCAGCUUCGCGUCAGGAGGGUCGGGGCUCCUCGAUGCCACCGGCAAUGGACCGUGUACGCAAGUAUUUUCCAUGACUGAGCAGGUCAGGAACUUCACGAUGCUUGCUCGAAAGUGGGGCCGUGCUGAUCUCAUAUCCAAAUCCCUCAUUUUCAUCAGCACUGGUAGCAAUGACCUGUUUGAGCACACCGAUUUCCCAGACCAUAACUGCAACAGUAAUGACACAGAAUUCUUGCAAAGCCUCGUGGCCUCCUACAGGAGCUUUCUAAAGGACUUGUAUGGUGCGGGGGCAAAGAAAUUUAGCAUGGUGAGCCCAUCGCUGGUGGGGUGCUGUCCCUCGCAAAGGGCGAUAGCUCAUGAUCCCAAGAAUCCCAGGGAUAUCGACGAUUUUGGCUGCUUGGCCGCGGCGAACAACCUCUCCCGGCAGCUGUACCCCAUGAUCGCCACCAUGCUGCACGACCUCAGCCUGGAGCUGCCUGGCAUGAAGUACUCCCUCGUGGACUCGAUCAAGAUAGCCGAGUGGGUCUUCUACAACACCGUCAUACCUAAUUACGACUUCACGGUGCUGGACUGGGCAUGCUGCGGUGGAGGGCCGUUUGGCGCUGAUGGGUGUAACGCCUCGGCUACUCUGUGCCAGAACCGCAGCAACCACCUGUUCUGGGAUGACUACCAUCCGACCACCGCCGCGACAGGGGUUGCUGCGAAGCUGAUAUUUAACGACACUACCGGGCUCUUUGUCCACCCCAUCAACGUGCAGCAACUGGUCGAGAUGUAGAGAGUAUAUGAAAUUGCUUUAUUUACAGCAGACGGUGAAGAACUAUAUUAAGAUGUGCCAUGAUUCAUAUAUGCGUGCGUGAUGAAUAAUGAUGAAGAAUGUGUUUGAAAUUAAUUGAGCUGCUGCUAGGUUUUGAGAUCACAUGAGGAUAUUUGUUUA